UGUCUCAUUCGGCCAUGUCUCCUGGCGUAGUGGCUCAGAUGGCUGACAUCAUUAGUAAUGGACUGCCCUCCUCCAUUACCCAGCAGUCACAGAGUUAUGCUGAACUCAUUUUACCACCUGCAUAUCAGGGUGACCUUUUAACCAAGGGAACAAAAGAAGAGAGCAACACUGAGAAAGAAGCCUCCACUUGCAACAGUGUCAAAAAAGAACUAGAGAAAUCAGAGCAGGGGAGGGAGGAGGAAAUGGACGAUGUUGCCAAGUGGCAGAUUCUAAAAAAUAACAUCUUGGAGCAGGAAGAGGUGGGUCACGCCAACAGUGACUACCAGGGUCUGGGUGAGAAACUAGACAAGUCAGGCCAGUGGGGCAGAGGUGUUGCUGAAUUUCCCAUUUCCUCUCUUGAGAGUCUAACUCCAGGACAAGCUGAUCCUCUCCAGUACCAGAGCGGCCUGCUCUCCUUCUUUAGAUCCCAGGGGAACCUGAGUACUGCACCUGCCCGAGUACACAAAGACAUCCUGAAUGGUGGGGGGAAUUUGGAGAACGAUGUUGCAUCAGCUCCAAAGCCGUUCCAGUGCAGAUACUGUCCUUACAGCGCUUCCCAGAAGGGCAACCUAAAGACCCACGUGGUCUGUGUCCAUCGCAGACCCUUUGACAACACCCUUUACCCUGACCGACGCCUGCGGCGCUCUCACACGCCCCAGCGAGCGUCCAGAUUGCCCCCGACCAUCGCAGGAGACAACCACGCGUCAGGGAGAGACCAGAUUGGCGUGACGUCGCUGUGUGGAACUUGAUGUUGUCAUGGCAACAGAAGAUACAGACAGUUAUGUUUAUUGCUAGCUUCACCUCUAAAGGGUUAGGAUGAUUGAGAUUAUUAAAAAAAAUGUUUUAAAAAAAAAGUUAACCAACCGUGAUGUACAUUCCAGUGUUUACUUGAAGAGCCACAGUACGUAUUUAUCUGUAGCAAAAGAAGCUGCCUAUAAUAAUAAAGUCCAUUGUGAUGUGAAAGUGUAGCUCGGGUAUUUAGUGCCGUUCAUUUUGUCAGAAGUGUCCAAACGAUUUACUUGUGUUUACAAGCAUCUUUCAGCUCAACACUUGUCUAAUAGGGAGAAUGUAUCGUGCCCGCCCGCAGCACUUGUUCUUUCAUCCAGUAAAUACCCUGUGUUACAUUUUUGUAAAUAUCGCUCAAUUUCCCUUCCAGUCUAGAAGUCUUCUCUAUCUGUCAGGAUAUGGUGCCAGAUGUUCAGGCUUUAAUCGCGGCAGAUGUAAUGAAGUAGAAUGUUGCAUAUCGGAGCUUCCAUUUGUUCUAUAUUCCACUCCAGGGACAAAGCCUCUCUCACAUAUAAUUAUUGCCCAUUAACUUCUAUGCUUCAUGCGCUCAUGCUGGAACAAUGCUCAAUUAAGGAGAACCAAGGAAAUGGAAAACUGCGGAGAUUCAUUGAUAGUACAUUUAAAUCUCUUCUCCCUCUAUUUUUUUUUUUAUUGAGCAGAACUACCCACACGUGUACCUACAGGAUCUGCCCACGAGCGUAUUACAGGCCUAAUCAACACAGCUAUUGUACCCUAUCACUGCCAUCUAUGUCCAUUCCAGCAUGUUCAGAGCUGCCUGAGCCUUCUGUGCCGUCAGUGUGCCUGCACGCCCAGAGAGCACCCUGGGCAGCUGUUUGCUUGUUCAGCCACGGCCUUGUAACCACACCGAUGUGACUUUGACUGACAGCUCGCCCGACAACUUCAUUCAUGCGCCACCUGCUAGCUGUCAAUCAGAGCGGCCAUCCUGGGGCUAUUGAUGGAGCUGUCAGCCCGUGUGAGAUGUGUCUGUCAAAUCCCACCCACCCUGCCAGGGCAUUCUGACAUUGGUUUACACCGUCCUCCUUCCACUCUCCUUUUCCCUGCCACUUCUCUCUCUUUCUUCCAACUCUUUGUCCGUCUGUCUCCUGCCAGUUUCCCAUCGGAGACAAGGCGGCCUCCUAAUCCCAGAUCCAAUCACCGAUUCUUUGGGUACACAUUUGUCAUUCUCAGACCCUCUCGUCUUUUGCAGAUAGUGCUCUACAAACACGUCUGCAGGUGACUGGGGCCUGAUAUCUCUGUAGUUUUUAUUGCCUCUCCGUGUUUUUAUGUGUAUCCACUGAAUGCCAAUGUGACCAGUCGUCUGUUUUUCCUCAUUUUUCCCCCCAUCAAAUUCCUUCUCCGCUCUCUACCUCCUGUUCCACACCUUCUGCUUCUUCUCUCGCCCUUCAGCUCUGUACGUGACAGGUGACAAGGCCCCUCCCCUGGGCUGAUGUUUCAUUGAAGAACUGUCAAACCUGUCAAUACCAUCUGUGCCAUUUCAGACCAGACCAGUCCAGAUCAGACCAGACCAGACUAUCUUGUGUAAACUUUUUGUUUUAUAGGAACAGGAAAUGCUGCAGAACUCUCUGCUUUGUAGAUAUGCUGCAGAUUGUUCCCAUCUCCCAGCCCUCUGGAUAUGGAUCAUCCCUAAGGCCUCAUCCUGUCAAACCACCUAAUUAGGCACAGUUUUCCUUAAAGCGGAACACUUUUAAUUAACGCUGUGAAAGUUUGUUAAUUACACCUAAUAGUGAUAAAUGUUUCGGUUAACGUCAAUGUCACGCGCACACUUUUUCUUUUUUUUUUUUUCCCUUCUUCUCUGUUUUAUGGACUUCUUGUGUCAGUUUCUGUAUCAACUUCACGGCCUGAGCUGCCGGCAGAGAAGUGAAGCCAAUCGUCUGUGUUUUUUUCAGCCAAGCUUUGACUCACCUUGACCUUUUUGCUGUGAAUGGCGCCCUGUUUACCUGCUGUAAAUCAAUCCUCAUUCUCAGACAACUAUAAAUAACCCGGCUGUGGAGGAACAGCAGACGUGUCAUCUUAGAGUCUGUCAGCGUAGGAUUUAUCCAAUGACCUCACAUCAGAAUCAGGCUCUUCUUAAAUUGAGCCUAAGUGAAGUGAUACUUUUACAACACUUGACGCACGCACACACACACGCACACAUGUAAUUUAAUCAUCUUAAAAUACACAGCCCCUUUAAUAUUAACCCUUUUCUUCCAGAUUUCUUUGCGUGUUGUUAUUAACCCGGCCAUCGUCUGUCACAGUUCCUACCUUCGUGCCAUGUUUGAGGUCUCUCUCUCAGCCUCCGAGAGAGAGGCGGGCCAUGUUCUGCUAAUCAGCCUGAAUAAGUAAAGGAAACAGUUUGACAGGCCAGGUAAUGAGAAGUAAUGAAUCACUAAUCACAGUCUCUUACAACCCUCGGAGCACAGAUGAAAAAUUAAAGGUAAUUAGCUUGCACAGUUGUGAAAACAAUAUUUAAGACUGUUAGCAUCACAUGGCACAGACUUAACAGAUUUCCUCCGCCGACAACAUACAUCAACGCUGCACUGAAUUCCUAAUGUGAAGCUGCUUUUUUGAAGCCACUCACAAAGUCAUUCUAGUGACUGACCUGAUUGGGGUGCAGACCCCUUUGUCACCCGCCAAUCUCGAGGGGCAAUCUCAACGACAAUGCAAGAAUAAAAAAAAAAAAUAUAUAUAUAUAUAUAUAUACAGUAUGUUCUCUUUGGUGGAGAGCAAGAAACACGGCAGUAACACGAGUCUGAGAUUUCAUUUAGAAGUGAAGAAGUGUGAGAUAGCAUUCUGAUAAGACUCUGAUAAACACACACACACACACACACACACACACACACACACAGUGAAAGGUGUUUUAGAGACUUAUGGUCAGGGCUGUGAACCCUCUGCAGCUCUCUCUCUCUCUCGCUCUCUCUCUCUCUCUCUCUCUCUGGCUCCAGUGCUUGACAGCAGAGUGAGGGAUGCUUUGACAGAGCCCGUGUUUGACAAGACUGCAUGAGGCUCAGAGUACAGGAUCCAGACAUGGGCUGUCAGUCAAAGCCGACACAUCUCCCAGCUGAGACGUGCCAGUUUAGUCACAGUUACAGAGGAGCUAAUAUGCAUUAACUGGAGCAAGGCACACAUAUGGGCCUGCUGCAGCCCUGUGUCCCAUGGCUGGGAUUGAGCAGAUGCCAAAGAACAUAAGCCCAAGAUAUAAAAAGAAUUACAGGGGGACAAAUAAAACACGGGGAUUAUGUCAGUGUGAGAAAUGGAGGUGUUGUAAUUCUGCAUUUGUGCCUCUCCUCUUUCAGCAUCCAGGGUCUGUGGGCCGUAGCCCCGCAGUCCUGCACCUGUGCUUCUGCUUUCCAGGAGCUUUAGAGACAGAACGGAAAGGAGGUUGUUAGACUGCAUGUGACAGGGAGAGGAAAGAGAGGUUUGGAGGAUGAAAGGGGAACAGCACCAAGAAAUAAUGUAGCACGUUCAGAUGAUCAUCAUCAUCCACGUUUAACUCUUUAAACAUACGUGUAAAAGAAUCGUCCUCGGCCAUAUCGUGCAAUACACUUGUCCAGUUAAAGACUAGUGACAGGAAGCUACUACUUCAGUGCCUGCAGCUACUCCCUUGCUCGUCCGCUGAUGUCGUGUUGUCACCCGAAGUUUAUUCGUGUUUCAAGCCUCCCCUCUGUCUCGUUCUCCCCCUCCUCGCUUUCUGCUGAAAAGACCUGUCUCGCAUAACAAACAAUUGCACCAAACCUCCAUUAAAAUCACUUCAUGGGAAUGUGAUCGUGCCUCAAGUGAAAGGCUGUAAUUGAAAAGCAUUUGACAAACCACACACACACACACCACAAAACGACAACAGACGAGCUGCGAUUCUCACUUUAGGUAUUCAGUGCAAAUGAUUAUCAUCAUUUUAUUCUGUGACCUGCGCAACUUGCUUGAAUAUAAUGUCUCUAAAACAUUGAUUCUUGGAUGUGUUCGUGCUAAUGAUCAUCAGACAGAUAGACGCCCAGAUAAUGGUUUUCUUGUUCACUAAUGGCCUCUGGAACCUAUGUAGAGUUUUAUCAUGAAAUAAAAGCAGAAACUGAACGUAUCCUGAAUUCUUAUUUUCCUCCUGAUGUGCUGACAUCUGAACAGGGCUCCCUGAAAGCCACUUUGACAACUCACUGUUCUUCAGCCCGCACUGAAGCGCAGUGUAACCAGUCAAACCCUCAGAAGUGGAAAGUCUCCCUGGAAAGAUGCUCCCGUCCAUUGAUUUGAAGUGACAGCCACAUCCUUGACAAACACACCUGUCAUUGUUCAAGUCACAUCACAUUUUCACUUUCUGAGACGGAAGACGGAAGACGGCAGAGGUGUGCAGGUGUGUGUGUGCUGGUGGGUUUUAUGCAUAUGUGAGCAUUAGUGCCCAGUUUACUCAGCCCCUCUCUCCCACCCUCCCAUCCCUUUCUUUUAUAUUUGUGGAUGGAUAAGUCGACUCUGCCCCAGCUGUUGAGCAGGAACGCGGCCAGAUUCUCUCUCUGGCUUCUUCAGCCACUCCUUAUGAAACAAGACAUCUGGGGUAUUUAUUUUUUUUAACACAUGUCAAAAAUUUAUUUAACAUGCCUAGAACUUGCUGACCACCACUUUGUGCGAAUAAGUUAGUGACGCUGCGGUGGUCAGACAGUAUUCAUCGUGAGCGUCCCGGCAGCGGUGUUAGAAGUUUUUUUCUUUUUUUUUUUUUUUUUUGGGUGGGGGUUGGUGUGGGGUUUGUAAGGACUGAGGAAGGGGGAGGGUGAUGAGCUGCUGCAAUAAUAAGCAGAUUUUAAUGAUUUACUAUAAAUCAGCUGCCGAGGCCUCUGCUUGGGGAGACUGAGGGGGAUGACAGCUCCUGACUCACACACCUCGCAAAUGCCUUGCUGAUGAUGUGUGUGCACUUCAGAUCAUCAAUCACACAGCACACACACACAUAUGGAGCCACCACACUUUUACAAAAACAUUCUUUCAACACACUUUUUCAGGUGCACACACACACACACACACACAUAAACAUAUGUGCGGCCACACACGUGUUUCUUGUCUCCAAUAUCUCCUCUGCUGUGGCAGGGAACAAAUCAAUCACCGGUACAGAAGUUCAAGGGGGUAAGAGAUUGUCUGCUCCAUUUUUCCCUAUGCUAUUGAUCCUAUUUUACUGGCAUCAUCGCCAAGCUGUCUCGGAAGCUGCAGGGCGACGAUGGAUUGAAAGUGGAUGAUUGAGAGAUGAGGUAGGAUGACAUUCAGCGUAAUCUCCGUCCCCACCCGUACGUACCCCGCCUCGAUCCUAACACAGACAUGUCCAGUGACAUUGAAAGUUAGUGUUCCAUCAGGGCUUUUCUUUUCUUCUCCUCGGAGCUCCGAGGAGCCAGGGACAGUCAUAUGUCACAGUGAGAGAAUGUCAAGACCUCUUUUCUGUUAAAAGUCCCUGUCCUUUUACGUGUCUUUUUCCUAUCCAUCCCAUCGUCUUUUUUUAUUUGAUUUGGUAAUAAAAGCGGGUGACAAACUGCUUACAUAGUGGGUUUUUUAUAUAUAUAUAUAUAUAACAUUGUGAAAUAGUGGAGAGAAUUUCCCAAUAAUAGUCAUAUCCUUUGCUCUGUGUCACUGCCUCUCGGUAAAGGGCUGAACCUUCUGUCAGUCAUCUGAUACAGUACGCAGUUAUCUCCAAUUUAUUAGAAAUAUUUCUCACUCACUCCCUUCUCUCCCUGGGUUUCCCAGAAUUGUAGUCAUAUUUAAUGUCAAUACUUUGCCCGUCCUUCCUAUUUGGGAAAACUCUUUCUUGAGACACGAUCAAAAACUUCAUUUUGUAACGACAAAAAUAAUAAUUCACUCCCCGGCGCUGAGCGAUACAGCCUCUGAGUGAAGAUAUACAGUGGUUCAUAUCUCUCAGCAUCAGGUUUUAC